AUGGAGCCCGAUUCGAGUCGGGCCUGCUCACCCGUUCCGCUGCAGCCCAUCAGCCCCGAGCGCGUCAAUCAGCAGCGCGAUAUCUUCUCGUCCUUCCACGCCGGCGGGGGCCACUCCCGAGACAGCUCGGUGUCCGACAAGAUCAACCAGUUUAACACGUUGGCCAUGCAGUCGAAACAGCUCGAGCGCAAGACGGCCGACGCCGCUCUCAAGCGCGCCAUGCUGGGACGAGAAGAAGCCGAGGCCGAGAUGCGCCGAUACCGCGACGAGGCACGAUCAUUACGAAAACAGGUCGAGGAGGGCAAGGACCGAGAGAGGAAAGUUGGGGAGAGACUGGAGACUGUAAUGGAGAACUAUGGUCGCGCAAAGGAGACCUAUGCCCAUACUCAGGCAUUAUGGGAGAAGGAAAUCCGACGAGCGCGAAAGGAGACGUUCAAGUCACAGAGCGUCAUCGUCAAACUACAGGAGGAACUCAAGUCGGCCCGACAGGCGCAAAAGUCUGCAGAGGAGAGCCUUGAGCGGGAGAAAGAGCGCAGCCAAGCACGUGAACAGGAAGCCUUCACCGCUAGGUACGGUCUUGUAGGCUGCCAGGAGCAGCUUGAACAGGCGCACGAGCGCAUCAAGGUCCUGGAGCAGGAGCGAGAUGCCUUCAAGUCGCUGGCCAAGUCGGAAGAUGACGUCGCUAAGAUCGCCGCCGAGGGCAAAUUGCCAUUGCCAAAAGCAAGUGACUCUACAGAAGAGCACGACGAAUUCGCAUCCCCCAAGAAGAGACCUCGGGUCUCGUCCUUCUCCACUGCGGAUAUCAAAUCUUCCGCUGCCAGCGAGGCUGAGAUCGAAGAGCUCACUCGUCUGUGGCAAUGGGAGAAGCAGCGUGCUGACCGAGCAGCCGAUCACGUUGAGUAUCUUGAAGCAGAAUGCCACUUGAGGGCAUGUUCUUGCAUGAAGAAACGCCCUCGUGCGAGCACAAUGGAGACUGGUGCUCAUGAGCGAAUCGGCCUUCUGACUUUUCAGAACACGGGAGAGACCAUGAUGGUCAGCGAAACAAUUGCAUCUUCUGCAUCGAUGACUAUGAUGCCCGCAAAGAAAUCACCAAAGAGGCUGAAGCUGGAGAAACCACGUAACGAGCCCAGACGGAGUACCAUCUUUGUCCCGGAGGAGGGAGUCUUCCGUACAGUCUCACAAGAGGUUGCCGAGGCCAUGGAGGUGGCAUCUGUGCCCGUCAAAGAGGAGACAGAGACGCCGGAACAGCCCGAGGAAGCGGAGCGACCGGAGGUACCUGAGGAGACAGUGGUGGCAGAUGAGGUGGCCACAGAACCUCCAACACCCGUCGAGGCGCAUUCAAACCCGCCGUUUUAUGCUCGUACCCCAUCUGUUGACCCUCCCUCCUUCGCGCUCCUAGCACAACAGCGCACUUCUCUCCUCUCCCUCUUGGAAGCUCCACACGAGGAAGGUCAGGCCCCGAUGACCUUCAACAUCCCAACUACGCCUGGGCCAAAACCUGACUCUGGCGACGACACAAUGGGCUCGGAAGAGUUUGAAGUGGAACAGACCGGCAACACAACUCCAAUCAUCCCCCAAGACCGCCCUGAUGACUCCACGCCCCGGCCAGUACCAAACGAGCAGCCUGCCGUUGACGUUGACGAGGUGAACGAGGAACCAGAAAUGCGACCGCACACGGUGGCGUCUUUCUACACAACAACGACAAAAGUGCCUCUGCGGGAAGAGACGACGGAUCCGAGUAUGGCUCAGCGCCUGAUGGCUGCACAGAGGACACCGAACGGCGCAAAGACUCCGCAGCAUAGUGGUCCGUACUUUGACAUCAACAACCCGGCGCUCACGCCGACCAUGACGCGGGAGCAGGCUCUAGCCCAGAUCCGUGAGCGGAGGGGCCGCGCGAGGAGUGCCCAGGGCGGCGCCAUUACGCCGAGGAAGCCAAUGGCCGAUGCCAAGGAGCGGAGGGAUGUCAGCGCCCCUGUUGGCCGUGCGGCUAGUGUUCGAAAGGUGCGGUAG